CCACCGCCGCCGCCGCCUCCUCCCCGCAGCCUGGCGGGCGCCAUGGCGGCUACUGCGGCGGCGGCGGCGGCGGCGGCGGUGGCGGGGGCCGCGGGGGACUGCGCGAUGAAGCCGCUGCAGAGUGCCAUGAAGCUGGCCCACGGAGCCAUCGAGCUAGACGCCGGCAACCGGCCUUUGGAGGCUUACCUGGAAUACCUGAAGAGCAUCCACUACAUUUCCCAGGUGCUGCUGGAAGAAGCAGGGACUACUACAAAAGAGGGGGGUGACACGGUGACUCCAGACACCCCAAAGAUGCUAAAGUUGGCUGAGCAGUGUUUGGAGAGGGCCAAGUCAACAGCUGCCAAACUGGGGACAACCCGACUGAAGCCAGCCAUCCCUGCGGCCGUUCCGGGCCACAACCCAGCCAGCCGACACCGCAGGGUAUAUUCAGAUGAGGGGGGAAAGCUGUGUCCCUUUCUGCCCCCUGAAAUCUUCCAGAAGCUGCAGGUGGUUGAGUCACAAAGUUCUAAGAAGGAGUUGACACCCCUGGAAGAAGCUUCCUUACAGAAUCAGAAGCUGAAAGCUUCCUUUGAGGCGCGGAUGGCCCGGCUGAAUCCCAGCCAGGCCGUGCAGAAGACAUCCUUGACUCUGUCCCUGCAGCGGCAGAUGAUGGAGAACUUGGUGAUUGCCAAAGCCCGGGAGGAGACACUGCAAAGGAAGAUGGAGGAGCGCAGGCUGCGGCUGCAGGAAGCUGCUAACAGGAGGUUCUGUAGCCGAGUGACCCUGACUCCAGAAGAGCAGGAGCAGCGGGCCCUUUAUGCUGCCAUCCUGGAGUAUGAGCAAGACCACGAUUGGCCAAAGCACUGGAAAGCCAAACUGAAGAGAAACCCCAACGACCUCUCCCUGGUGACGAGCCUUGUCUGUCACCUCCUCAGUUUCCCUGACCAUCCAGUCUCCCAGCUCCUGAAGAAGCUGCAGUGCGCCGUGUACAACAGACUGUACCCCGUUAUCAGCAAGCACGCAGCCGACUCUAAGACCAGCCUGGGCUGCCCUUCCCUUUCCCUGGGCACAGAUGGGCUGCUGGCCCCUGGCAGUCGGCGGCUUCGAGCUUCCCAGAGCCUCCACUGCAUGUUCACCCUCCCUGAGCCCGUCAGGCUGACCCAGGAAAGCUCGCCUGCUGGCCUCCCCAGCCCCCUGCCGCAUCCCUGCCCCCCGGACAGAGAAAUGGAGAGCAGCUCCACAGGCUCCCCUUCUCCCCUGCUGGACAUCGCUCCCGGUCUGCUGGACAAGGACAGCUCCUUUGAGGACCUGGAGCAUCUCUUAGCAGCUCCAGACCCCUGGGCCCGAGCACCGGGGGGUCUCGCAGGGGCACAAACCCCUGGCAAGAAGCCGACAACCUUGCCGGAGCAGCUGAAGAGCAUCGUAAAGGACGUGCACAAUGCCAUCGGUGAGGCUCGGCGGCCAGGCAGUGACGGGAGGGCCAAGAAAAGGGGAGGCCCCAUUAGGAGCAGAAGAUGGAGACUGGACAGAUUGCUUUCCCUUACCCUCCUGGCAUUUGAGGGCUUAAACACGACUGCCUCCAAGGACCGAUGUCUGGCCUGCAUCGAGGAGCCCUUCUUCUCCCCGCUGUGGGCACCCCUGCUGGCUCUCUACAGGAUCGUCUACCAGGCCCGAGAAGCGGCCCUGAGCAGGAGCAUGGAGCUCUGUGGAAACAUGCCUCCCUCCGCCCUGGGCAUCGCCUCCAAACUCUUCCCUCAGGAGGCGGGACUCAGAGAGUCCGCGUCCUACCCCUACUGCACGGCGGUCCAAGAGCUAGGCCUGAUGGUGCUGGAGAGCUGUCCCCAGAAGAAGCUCGAGUGCAUCGUUCGGGCUCUUCGCAAAAUCUGUGAGUGUGCAGAGGAGUACUGCAGGGCCAAGGAGUCACGCCUGCAGCCCAGCAUGAUGGCCAUUGGUGCCGAUGAUCUCUUACCCAUCCUGUCUUAUGUGGUGUUGAAGAGUAACCUCCCCCAGCUGGUGUCUGAGUGUGCUGCACUGGAGGAAUUCAUUCAUGAGGGGUAUCUCAUUGGAGAAGAAGGUUACUGUCUGACCUCCCUGCAGAGCGCUCUGAGCUACGUGGAGCUGCUGCCUUGUGGGGCUUUGGUGAAGUAGCCAAGAGGAGGCGGCGGUGCCCCGGUCUGGCUGGUGCCCGAAGAGGCUGGAACAGCCACCCCUGGGAGCUCCCUGUGGCCGCCCAUCACUUCCCUUCCCCGAGAGGGCACCGAGCUGAGGGACCUCGGCCUCCAAGUGCCCGUAGCAGAGCUUGAGCGGGGCCCUUUUCCACAUACCUGGGUAGCUUUGGUGGUUGGAACACAGUCAGAAUGCUCUCCUAGCUUUAUUCAGCAUCAUCGAGCUCUCCUACCCACCUUGCACCAGAGGCAGCGGAGCUUUCUAGGAAAUGGGUGUGAAACUUGAAAAAUGUGGCUCCUGCCCUUCAUCUCCUGCCCUUUGUCUCCUGAGCUUCUCACCUCCACCUCGAACCUGCUCUCUGGGGGGCUCAUGAGAGUUUCCUCUCCAGCACUAUGGGGACAGCCUCCCCAUGGGCAGCCAGCAACAUGGGCGAGACUGGCAUCCCCAACCCCCCUCUUCCCAGAGCCCUGGGCAUCUGCCCUCCCUCCCACAAGACCAGGGAUAGGAAGGGACCUUCAGCAAAAUUGGGAUAGCCCCCAAACUCCCAAGAUGAGCCCCUCACUGCAUGCACUGGCUUCUGUGAAUGCAGCUGUAGGCAUUAAGUGAGGCAGCUACAAGAUCCUUCUGUCUGGCCCUGGGCUGUUCCAAGUCAUUGCUGUAGCUGUCUCCCCUCUUUCCAGGCUGCCUCCCUAGGCUAGUGAGGGAGCCGCCUUUCCCCACCCCGGUCUGGCUUGUCCCGUCACAGGGGCUCUAUUCCUAAUUCCCAACACGGAGGCCGAGGCUCUCGAGGCUGCAUGGUGAGCUCUGGGCCUGUUCCUUCCUGACCCCUGGGCUCCAUGCCCCAGUGGCUUCCUCUUAGCUUAACAGGUGUGGUGUCAAGGAGGAGUAGAGCCAGGGAGAACAGGUGAUGACCAGGGUGUGCCUCUGGAGGAGGUGACUGGGGAAAGGGUCCAUCUAAGAAAACUGAAAGAAGAAAUUAAAGUGUCUCCCCAACCCUGGAUCAGCGAGCCAGAGGGAAGGCUCCAUCCUGCACCUGUCUGGGCCCCGUGGCCUCUUGUCCACUGUCUGGCCAGAGUAUGAUGAGGUAGCAGGUCUGUCCCCACUGUGGGAGGGUGCCAGAGGAUGGGCUCUAGAGGCAAGGAGUGGAGCCAGCCCUGGCAAAGGGAGGUGCCAGGGUGUGCCCCGUCACCCACGUAUCUCACCAGCUACAGGCCUUGGACGCCCAACCAUUGUGCCAAGUUUUAGGGUAGUUGUGCCCCUCCAAACCUCAGGCUCUGAGGUGGUUUUUCCAGCCCCUGCCCUAAGAGGAGGAGUCUGAAAAGAGCAGGGCCCACAGUCAGGCCCCUUGCUGGCCCAGCCACCCUCAAUGAACAGGAAGCCCUCCUUUUGUCUCAUUCUGCUGAAGUGGACACACACAGAGGACUACUCUAGAAUCCCUGCCAAGGGGUUGGGGCCCGCCCUCAAUGGGAGAUGGGGGCAUCUUGCUUAGAUUUCUCCUAAGAAACCAAGAGGCAGAGGAGGAAAAGGGAAACCUGGCUUGGGAUGGAGCGUUCUUGGGUUUGGUUCUUUCCUGCCUUUGUCACUAGUUACACUACCAUGGAAUCUUAGUUAUAGAUGGGUCAGGGGUCCUAGAGAUGCUCUAGAAAAGGCCCAGAAUUUUUAAGCUUUUUGUGAUAGAAACAGUGGUACUAGAUUUAUUUAUUCAUUCAGUGUGCCUCGUUGUACACUAGAACUCAUCUGACCUGGGCCCUGUGCAUACAACUGGGAGAGUGGGAAUAAGUGUUCUCUCCGUGUUUGGGGGCUGUCGAUGCUCCUCUUAAAGCUUAUGGUUGGUUUGCCCUCCUGCCCCCCACUCCUCUUCCACUCUGUCCUGUGCAGUGCAGACGUUCCCUCCCUCCCCGCCCCCAAGGAAACAAGGAGUUCUCCCCCAUGGGCACUAGUGCUCACACGAAAACUUGGUCCUGGCCAGUGGUCGUGGCCGGCUCGGCUCCCCACUAUGGUCUCCCCUGCCCCAGGCUUUUUGCUCCAGAUCAAGCGUCGUCUCCUGACUUCCCUCAUGUUCCCUCCUAGGUCACUGUGAAUCCUUUAAUGUCCUACGGGCAAAAACUCUACUACUUACCCUCCCACUUGUGUUUGUAAAGGACCCUCCAGGCCUCAUGUGGAACGCGUAUCUGCCAGACUCCACCUUGGCUUUGGUCCUGCUGUGUCUGGACUGUGAUAAUGUAUCAGAAAGAUAGGCCCGAAGGCCAGGGAAAUAAACAGGUCACUACUGGC